AUGGCGGCGCCUCCGCGGCGGGCGGCCCUUCGGCAGGCUGCCCUUGACGCUUUCACGCUGCUGGUGCCGCUGCCCGAGCGCGAGCUGCGGAGCCUGACGGCCAUGGACCUGUCGGAGGACGCCGAGUACCUCGCCGUCAUCACCGAGGACGCUUCGGUGGUGAUCGUGCCGCUGCUGGAGCUCAUGUGCCUCUGCAACUCGAGCUGGGCAGACCUCGUGGCGGCGCGCCGGGGGGACAGGCGGCCACACCUGCUGCGGGACCCCCACGGGGAUGAUCCCGUGAAGGGCGCGCUGUCCUCCAUGGCAAGCGCCUGGGCGGCCAUGGGGCUCGCCGGAGGCGAGCUGUUCACCGAGUUCAUCGGUGGCUCUGGCGCGGGUGGCGACGCGCGCGACUCUUCGGCGCUCAGAUUCACCAUCCCCACGGUCCAGCGCGAGAACGCCACCAUCUCGUCUUGCGUUUGGUGGACGCGGGAGGCAGAGCCCGGGGGCUGCGGCAGCGCGCCAGGAGGCGGCGGCGCCACCACCAGCGUGGGCUCGGAGGACGGAGGCACCCGGGGCGUCGCUCAGGCGUCCGAGCACUACGUCGUCCUCGGCUCCCUGUGCGGCCAGCUCACCAUCGUCGACGUGGCGCGGCAGGCCGAGGUGCGCAGCUUCCGCCUGGCGCCGAUCGUGUGGCUGCAGCGGUGCCAGUCGCGCUCCAAGGAGUGGCUGCUGAUAGAGACUGCGGCGGAGCCGAAGCACUGGCGGCUGCUGCUGGCUGCGACGAUCGAGGGGAAGGCUGGCAGUCCGCCCGUGCUGUGGAGCAUCACCGACGGCGUCGCGCUGCCCACCUCGGCGCACGAGAGCUUCGAGCUGGAACCGCUCAGCGGCAUGCCGCCCCUCUACCAGCUGCUAGUCCUGCGGAAGGGGCGGGGGGAGGACUGCAGGGCCAGCCGCACGGGGUGGGCGGCCGCGGACUCGGAGGUGGUGGGGAUGCUGGUGGACGACGACGUGGCGCCCGCCCGGGACGACGAGCUCCCGGCGCCGCUGUGCGUGCUGCUCUCGCUGCCGUCCAUACCAGAGGAGCCCCUGGCGCGGAUCGACCUGCCCAUCUCGGCCGCGCCUCCCGGGGCUCCGGGGCGCAGGAGCCUGGCCGACGUCGUGCUGCUGCUCGGAGGGGGCAUCGUGCUGUCGAUCGUCCACAUCAGCGACGGCCACGGCGGGGAGGAGACGGAGCUGUCCCUGAGCACCGCAAAGCCGCGGCCGUGCGAGGCUGGCAUGGACCUCCCCAACACGCCCGCCAACACCAUCAUCCAGCAGUUCCGCGUCCCGGGCCGGGUGGUCGGAGGCCUCCCAGGGUACUCCACGUGGCCAGCAAGCUCCCGCAUGGAGCGGGGCGCCAUGGACACCGACAUCGACGCCUGGUGCGGCAGGUCCGUCUGGACCACGCUGGCAGUAGUCUGGUCGCUCGCAGAGGUGUACAUCCUGAAGGCGUCCUUCGCCCAUCUCUGCGUGACGCUGCAGACCCAGUCCAUGUGCAGCCUUGCCGGGCUGCCUGCGCGGGGCGCGGCGCCCAGGGCUGGCCCGCUCGGAGACACAGGACCGCCCGCUGGUGCGCUGCAGAGCCCGGAGCCCGCCUCCAAGGGCUCGGGCCCCGGGGAGCAGUUCGAGGGCGUGCUGCCGCUGGUCUGCUGGUCCUGGGACGUCGACUUCGACGAGCUGAUGCUGCAGGCUGGCGAGCAGGCCUUCGCGAGCGCCCUCUUCGAGUCCAAGGACCGGGCCGUGCGCGCCGCGCUGGUGCUGUGGGCGCGGAGGUCCACCGACCUGGUGCCCCUGGGCCUGCUGACGGAGUGCUUCGGGCAGCUGGCGCAGGACGUGGCGGUGGUCCAGGCCCACGGUCCGGCCAUCCUGCGGGUGCUCAUGCCGCACUGGCCCGGUGUGGCGGCCGAGCUCGGCGGGGCGCGGGGUCCGGGCGGCCCGCCCGCCGGCGAGGUGGGGCCCGCUGCUGUCGCCUGGUUCUUGUCGCUCGCGGUGAUGCUCCUCGUGGUGAUGCACCCAAGGUGCACCGGGAGGGGCGAGUACACGCGGACGCGGCGCCCCGCCGCGAGCUCCAGCAGCGGGCCAGCUGCCCGCGACUUCGCGGAGGAGUGGCAGGCGUGGGUGUCCGCAAGGGUCACGGAACUGCUGAGCGGCGGGCGCGGUGCACCUCCCGAGAGUUUCGCCGUUCUCGCGGACGGCCUCCAGGCUGAGUUCGAGGCUUGGUGGCAGCGGGAGUGGCGCUCGGACCACGAGGCGGGCCACGGCGGCGAGACGCGCGGCGCAGGACUCGACUCCCCGUUGGCGCCAGCCCUGGAGGUGCCAGCCGCCAAGGACGAGUGGGGCCCCUGGCCACCGAUGCCGCAGUUGCCGCUGGAGGCCGCGCGAAGGGGAUCUGGCCGCGGCGCCGCGAGCCGCGCGGGCGCCAGCACUCUUCUCGCGGUUCCAGGCUCGCCUCGCGAGGCCGCGGAGGACUGCUGGUGUUCCAGGCUGCUGCUGCUGUGCGGGCUGCGGAAGCGCUGGCUGCCAACAUCCACCAGCGACUUCUGCGCCCUCGCCAGCCACCUGGUGCAGCGGCACCUGCGCGGAGGGGGGCUGCUGGCCGCCUCGGCGCUGGUGGCCGUGCUCUUCCGGGGCCUAGCGCUGACGGCGUUGUCCGACGCCGCUGGGGGGGCAGACCCAGCGGCUGCGCGGCGGCAGCAGUUGCCCGCCGCUGUGCGAGAGGGUCUGGGCGUGGUGUUCUCGUUGUUGUCCUGCCUCGCGAUCGCCAGGCCCGCUGACGCAGCCGAGGGGGCCUGGCGGGUGCUCUGGGAGGCGUUGUGCGCGUUGCGCCCAGGCUGCGCUGGGCUGGGCCCGGGCUGCAGCAACCUCAACGGGCAGGCCACUGCGGCCGCGGGCUGCGUGGAGCUGCUGCUGCGCGCGCCCGCCGCGUGGCUGGAGGCGGCGCUUAGCGCGGCGAGUCCUGGAGGCGGGGAUUCGCCGCGGCUGCCGCCCUGGAAGGCGCCAGCGGGCUCGCGCGGCGGGCAGGCCUCGUGGUCGGAGGCGGACCAGCGCCUGCUCGAUCUGAUAGGAGAGCUGCCCGACUGGGGCCGUUGCGUCGAGCUGUGGCCGCAGUGGAGCUGGGAACAGGACGGCGGCGCCCGCGCCGCCCUGUCCUCGUCGCGGGCCUUCGGCGCCACAGCGCGGCACCCUCCGCCGCUGGGCGCCGAGGUGGGUGACCCGCGCGGCCCCUCCCAUGCCCUGGCCUCGCUGGAGCGCUGGCUCCUCAAGAACGCGGCGGUCGGCGACGACCCGGCCACGGCGCAGGCAGGCGACGACCUGGGCGCCGCCGCCGAGCUCGAGCGCGCCGCCCAGCGCGCCGAGCCCCUCGACGGAGGGCCCCCGGGCGGCCUGGGGCUGCUGCAGCAGGCCGCGGCGGCCGAGGCGGCGCGCGGCUGCGCCGCUGGGGCCGGCGGCGGGGAGCGCCUCGGCCGCGCGGGCUGGUGGGCGGCGCUGUGCGCCAGGCACCCCGGGGCCCUGCCCACCCUCGUGCUGGCCCUCAUGGCGGCGGAGCACCGCUGGGUCUGGGAGCUGCCCUGGGCGCCCGGCUUCCGGCUGCACCUCGCGCGCGCGCUCUUCGCGGCCCGGGCCGCGGCGGAGGCCUGGCCCGCGCCGGGACGCGUGUCAGCCCAAUGUGUGUUUGCCCCGCUCAGCUCCGCCGACGGCACGCCGCCUGCUUUGGCCUGA